CACAAUCCACAUUGGGCAUACCAUACAUUAACGAGUACCGACGCAGCAAUAAAAAGGUAACUCGCAUCUCACGAAGAUUCCCCGGACAUCCGCCGACAACUUGCCGUCAUUAGUCCUUGUUUCGCGACGCGCUCUUUUAAGAGCUGAUGAUCUUAGAUGGCAUCAUACCCAGAUCCAUCUGCUGGCGAUGUGCCGUCAAUUUCGGCAAGUCAGCCCACAACGCCGCAUCAACAACAGCAACCGACUCCACAACAGCAAGAUUAUGAUUCACUACCAUCGCCAGUCUCGGUGCCGGCUACCACUGUCGCGCAUCAUGGACUUCAAGUCUUGCAAGCCACAACUGGGGCUCCUUCAACUCCCGGACCCGACGCAAAUGAAUUAGCACAGCAGUAUGCGCAGUCGGCGACGAUGCAAAUGGGUGAUCAUCAAUUCGCUCCUCCUCCCUCUAUUGACACAUCAAUCACAGCGACGCCUGGCUCGCAGAAAGUCACGCGUUUACGCCGUGCCUGUGAUAUGUGUAGUCAACGCAAGGUGAAGUGCGACGAGAGUGGUCCGCCGUGUAAACCAUGCUCGGACCUUCAAGUUGAGUGCACCUUCAAUCGAACUAUGAAGCGGCGCGGUCCGCCGAACAAGCACGCCGAGGCUGCUAGACUAGCGAAGCGACCGCGUAACGAAGAUGUGUCGCCCCCUCCUCAUCACGCAGCUGAGACUCUAGUUUCAAUCGCUGCUCAUAAUGGUCAGGCUGUAGCCGGAAUAGACGCUGAGACGAUUGCUCCUUGGCCUAUUUUGGAACUACUGGUGGACGACUUCUUUACCUACAUACAUCCUCUAAUGCCAUUUCCUCACGAACCGACGUUUCGCGCAGCAUUGACUAGCCGUAUGGAUAGAUCCAGCGGCGAGUUUCUGGCCUUGGUUGCUAGUAUGGUGGGAGUCUUGGUCGCUUCGUUUCCUCGAAGCGCACGAUCUCACCUUAAGGCCCAGGAUAGUACAGGUCUAUUCUCCUCCGCGGUGGAUAUGAUCGAUCACUGCCGCGCAAUUGCAUUGGAAGCUCGAGGUGCUCAGUUCAUGGUGAAGGAUGAUAUGAGCGUCGACGUUGCCGCGACAAGCUACUUCCUAGGCCUUGCUGCGGCCCAUACCCUGCAGUGGCGAUUAUGCAAGCGUUUCCUCACUGAGACGAUGACUUUCUGUAGAGAACUGCUUGGUACUUACCAGCAAAGUGGUCUCUCUACUGUAGCACAGCGUAUCCCCGGUCUCACUCAAAUGUUCAACGCUUCCGCCAAUGGACCUAUUGAUCAUAUCAAGGAUCAGAUUAGCAAGAGAAUAUUCUGGGUAAUGGUUGCUGGUAUUAGAUCGAUGACUCAAUUAGGAGUAUCCAUUAAUGAGAUACCUUUACCUCCUCCAACUUCCCAGGAACCGUACCCUGAACAACCUAUUGAAGUGGACGAUCAGUAUAUUUACUCAACUCAAAUACUUGCCCAACCGGAGGAUGUCGCCUCUCUCAUUGUCGGAUUUAACCGCAAUAUCCGAGUUUACAUGACCAUGAAUGAAUUGGUCGGCGUGGAUAUGUGUUACGGAAUUAAUUUCUUCGAUUGGACUGCACAGAAGAACAUUCUCAGCAACGGACUUGCUGCUGCCAAGCAAGCUGCCGACGACUUACCUCCCGAACUUCAAGUGAAGACAGAUAACCUUCAACAUCUUGAAAACCACACGAUGGGUUUCGACGAUUCAGAUCUGGAAUACUACCCUCCUGCCCUCCCUAUCACGCAACCUGCCAAUGACUUGCGGCGUAUCUUUGCGGAGCAGCCUUUGCGCCGCCGACACCUCCAGUUUGAGAUCCAGAAAGCGAAUAUUCAGCUAUCACAGCUAGCUACUCGCUCAUACUUUGUUGAGCGAUAUCUGAACCUACGAGAUAUUCGCCGUGCCGAUCCGAAUUUCGCCGAGAGGGCGAAGACGGAGGAAAAGGAUGAUCGAGACAGCAUGAUGGAGAACGAGCGAGAGGUGAUCGUUCAGAAUCUUGUGACCGUGCUGGCAUCUAUUAGUCAACGCAAUAUGGAGCCCAACGGAUGUUCUCUGAUCAACAAGAUCAGACAAGUGGCUAGCACGUUGGUAGAGGAUAGCAACAGCGCAGAACACAAGGAACAAGUUGCGACUAAGGCUAAGGGGUAUCUCAACGGCUUUCUUGAUAUUCUCAUGAAGUUGGAGAAGAUAGGAGCAGCGCCUAGAGCUGAGACGAUGACCCCUCAAGACGAGGAAGAAGAACUACGAAACUGGACGAGCCUCAAGGAGUAUCAACUACGGUUCCUGUCAACUGGUGGAUUCAUGGGAGACGGCUAUUAGUACCAACCGACCCCGCCGUUGCCCGCGUAUUACUGGUCAUAUUAAUGCCCUUACGAUAACAAAACAAAACCUCAUCAUACCCCGAAUUUCGCUUCUCUACUGUUAGCUAUUCUCACCACUACGGGAACGCCAAAAAUACCUAAGUUGCCUUGUGAUCGGGGCUGCAAGUUUGACUUUGAGGUUGAAGUACCUUAGCUUGCGAUAUUGUACAUAGCUCUGCUCAUCGAUAAAGCCGUCAUAUGGCAUACCCUCUGCAGACCUCUGCGAGUACCUUUAAAUCGACGAAUCCAUGCAACUCUGC